ACCGUGUGGGAGAGAGAGCAGUGAGAGAGCUUUGUAACCGGGUCCGGACCAGAACCAGAACCAGAACCAGAACCAGAACCAUGCCGGUGAGACGGGGACAUGUGGCGCCACAGAACACUUUUGUGGACACCAUCAUCCGCAAGUUUGAGGGACAAAAUCGAAAGUUCAUCAUCGCCAAUGCACUGGUGGAGAACUGUGCCAUCAUAUUCUGUAACGACGCCUUCUGCGGGAUGUGUGGCUACACGCGUGCUGAGGUGAUGCAGAAGUCCUGCACCUGCAGCUUCCUGUACGGACCUCAUACCCACAGACCGGCCAUGGCCCAGAUGGCCAAAGCUCUGCUGGGGGCAGAGGAGAGGAAGGUGGAGAUAUGCCUCUACACCAAAGAAGGAGAGUGUUUCAACUGUGAGAUUGACGUAGUCCCGGUGAAGAACGAAGUGGGCAGAGUCAUCAUGUUCAUUCUCAACUUUGAACUGCCCUCUGACCCCAGACCGGUCAGCAGCUCUCCGGCCAGAGAGCUCAACAGAGUGCUGCACAUUCCCUGGCUGUGUGUGGAUUGGCGGCAGCGCCUCCGUCUCCUCCUGCGCUCCCUCGGCUCCUCAGGUGUCCUGACAGAGGACACAGAGCUGGGUUCUCCUCAUGGCGACCUCCCUCCCCUCGGACACGAGUCUGUGGCACUGGACAAACUGCUGCCGCUCACAGAGAGGCGAGAGCAGGACAAGGCAGGAGCUAUGGACAAAGAGGAGUGGGAGGAGGAGGAAGAGGAGGAGGAGGAGGAAGGAAGAAGAGGAGGAGGAGAUGCUGAUGCAUCUCUGGUGGAUACAAGAACAGGAGGAAGAGGAGAAUGGAGAAGUGAAGGCACAGGUCUGCCCGCAGCUCCAACUUCAGCACCUCCAGCACUGGCCCUGCCCCUUUCCUUCUCACAUGCUGCACCGCGGCGAGAGCAGAGAAGGAGAGGCCAACGCGACGACUGCCCUCCUCCGUCCAGCAGUUUUGACGACAGUGGUGGGAUUUUAAAACAUUCCUCGUCAGUGGACGACAUCAAGAGUGGACAGGGUUACUGGGAAAAGAGGCUGCAGUUGAGACACAGCUGCACCGCUCGUAUGAUAACCCUCAGAAAAACCAGUGGAACUGCAGCGACGUCAGACACUGAUUUACGCUGCCGAGCCAACAGCCAGCAGAGCCCCGUGUCCCAGUCUGGUGAAAUCCGACCUCCGUGUAAACUGAUGGACAGAACUCACCACGUCACAGAGAGAGUCACACAGGUUCUGUCCCUGGGGGCUGAUGUGUUACCAGAGUACAAGCUACAGACCCCCAGGAUCCACAAGUGGACCAUCCUUCACUACAGUCCGUUCAAAGCUGUGUGGGACUGGGUGAUUCUCCUCCUAGUGAUUUAUACGGCAAUUUUCACCCCAUACUCUGCGACAUUUCUGCUGAGUUCUCAGGAGGAGGCAGCCUUGCAGACCUGCGGUUACUCCUGUUCCCCCCUCAACGUGGUGGAUCUUCUCGUGGACAUCAUGUUCAUUGUUGACAUUGUCAUCAACUUCAGGACCACAUAUGUUAACUCCAAUGAUGAGGUGGUGAGUCAGUCUUCUCGGAUUGCUGUCCACUACUUUAAAGGCUGGUUCCUCAUCGACAUGGUGGCGGCCAUUCCCUUUGACCUCCUCAUCUACCGCUCAGGGGGGGAGGUUGCGAGGGGUGGCGGAGAGGGCGAGACCACCACUCUGAUUGGUUUGCUGAAGACUGCUCGGUUACUGCGGUUGGUUCGUGUAGCAAGGAAGUUGGAUCGUUACUCCGAGUACGGUGCAGCUGUUCUCUUCCUCCUCAUGUGCACUUUUGCCCUCAUCGCUCACUGGCUGGCCUGCAUCUGGUAUGCCAUUGGUAACGCGGAACGGUCAACCUCAGCUGGUGUCGGAUGGUUGGACACUCUGGGCGAACAGCUGGGGAAGCCAUACAAUGCCUCCAUUGCGGCUUCGGGUCCUUCCAUCAGAGAUAAAUAUGUCACAGCUCUGUACUUCACCUUCAGUAGUCUGACCAGUGUGGGCUUUGGGAACGUCUCCCCGAACACCAACUAUGAGAAGAUUUUCUCCAUCUGUGUCAUGCUCAUUGGUGCUUUGAUGUACGCCAGUAUUUUUGGUAACGUGUCUGCCAUUAUCUUGCGGCUGUACUCUGGUACGGCGCGCUACCACACGCAGAUGAUGAGAGUCCGUGAGUUCAUCCGCUUCCACCAGAUUCCUAACCCUCUGAGGCAGCGGCUGGAGGAAUACUUCCAACACGCCUGGUCAUACACCAAUGGCAUAGAUAUGAACGCUGUUUUGAAAAGUUUUCCAGAGUGUCUCCAGGGAGAAAUUUGUCUCCACCUCAACAGGUCACUGCUGCAGAACUGUAAAGCUUUUAAAGGAUCCACUAAAGGCUGUUUGAGGGCCCUUGCCAUGAGGUUCAAGACCACGCAUGCUCCUCCUGGUGACACCCUGGUCCACGCUGGAGACCUGAUAUUAGAUCUGUACUUCAUCUCCAGAGGCUGCAUCGAGAUCCUCAAAGGGAACGUGGUGGUCGCCAUACUGGGUAAGAAUGACAUCUUUGGGGAACCCGUCAAUCUGGAUGUUCUGCCGGGAAAGUCCAGCUCUGAUGUCAGAGCCUUGACCUACUGUGAUCUGCACAAGAUACACAGAGAAGAUAUUCUGGAGGUUCUGGAAAUGUAUCCUGAAUUUUGUGAAUAUUUCUGGUCCAACUUGGAGAUAACGGUCAACCUCAGAGAUGAGGAAAAUGAAGUAUGUGUUGUGAGUGGAGAAGACUCGGACUGUGAGGGAUUCAGCAGACAGGGGAAACACACAGGUAACUCCAUCUCAAAGAAACAGAAAGCUGCCCUCAGAUGUCAAAGAAGACACCAUAAGUGGGAGAUGCACAGUGGUCGAGAUGAUCAUAAACAUACGCUAUACGGCCCUGUGUUCUCCAGUGAGGAUGAAGUGGAGGAUGUGGAGGUGACCAGUCCUGCUCAGACCGCUAUCUCCAACAUGACCAGGUUCCCCGAGAUGAACGUGUUCCCAGGCGUUUCCAGCAUCUUUACACUCUGGGGCGCAGACAAGCGAGAGGACCACAUGCACCUGGAGGUGCCGUGCUCACCCUCCCACAAGCUCCAUUACCUGCCCACCUCCUCCCACUGUCCCUCCAGCCUUCCCCCUCCACUCCUUCCUCCUCCGCCGCCUCCUAACGCCAUUAUCUAUGGGAGGCACCGCAUGGAGCUGGAGAAGAAGAUGGAUGCUCUGCAGCAACAGAUAACCAGGUUGGAGUCCUGUUUUUCAGAAGACCUCAGGACCAUCAUGCAGCUCCUGCAGAAGCAGACAACAGCGAUCCCACCUUCCUACAGCACAUUGACAUCCACACCAUACGUCCUUUCCCCCGUCCUGUCUCCCACUAUUGUUCCUCCACUUGUCUCAAAAGACAAGUCUCCGUCCACCAACCCCCAGCAGUCUAAUGAAAACCAGGAACAAAUGCAGCCAGACCUCCCAGAGUCUAACUCAGUCAACUGUGUUCCUUCAGUUAUCGGUCUCAUGGCCUCACCCACUACCAUCCAUGCCCCAUCCUGUCACAAGUCUUCCUACUAGUCCCCCCCCCCAUAUUAUUGGAGUGUCUCACCUGUUAAACCUUUAGCAUCAUAUUACAAAAUCAAAGUCUCAACUUCCACAGGACACAUGGGUUGUUGAAAAAUAUUCACCUCAGACUCAGACAGCCAAGCCUGAGUCUGAGCUGAAUAUGUUGAGUUUGAAUCCAUGUUUUCGUUGGAAUUGUGAGCAAAUAAAUGACAAAAGAGCAGAGUAAAAGAAUCCUGUUUACACCAGUAACCACAUGCUUGAUGUACCUGAAUAGAAUAGUGACAGUGGUUCAGUGGAAUCUAUCUAUUUGAGGAUUUGAUUUCCCCGUUACGCUAGCUAGUCUACAUGCCAAUGUGCCUGAUGGCUGUGGGUAUGAAGAUAAAUAAAGACCAUUUACCAUAUACAUUUCAGGUUUGCUAGUAUGGACACAGAUUACCUCUGAUAUGAAGCUAUAACACUUAAUCUGCAUGCAGUUCUUUUUCAAAUGAAAACCUUUUGGUAUGGAUGUAUGGUAUGAUGUUCAUCAUCCUGGUCCUGAGUUACUGAGCACCUGACCUUCCCUGCCACAACUUAGUCAGGUCAUCAUCAGUCUGUGGACCUCGUACACCAUCCAUCAUGUUCCACUGUCUUCCACAGCAGCCAUCGAUCGCUCGGAUGAGUCUGAAGUGGCUCUGCCUGCCUGGGCCCAACAGUUUUGCCAUUUCCUCUGAACUGAACUGAACUAGUGCACUCUGCACACCAACUGUGAAAAAGCGCAUUUUAAGCUUGACUGAAAAUAAACACACUCCCAGCACUUUAGAAUUGAAUGCAAACAAUUAAAUUCUGACAUUUUCUUCGGGAUUCUGAGGUUAAAAUCAAGUCACACAGCCCUAAUCCUCAUCUGUGAUAAGAUUUACUCAGAUGUUAUAAAUCUAGAGAUAAACUUGAAUGCAUGCAACAUCAAUGAAAAUUGUGCAAUGGAUAUUUGCUCAGUGUUUACAGUCUGAUUAUGUCUUUGUAAUAAUCUCUUUGUGCUUUUAGGACAUUUAAAAGUAGCCUACUACUUACAUUACGGUCCUCUGAUACAGUGUGUCCCAAACUUUCUGUAUGGGCCACCCACUUUAAGAAGAUGGCAAACGAUUGUGACCCAUAACAAAAUAUCAAUUGUGCCAACAGCAAAUUUGACCCAAGACCUAACACCAUUUUGGAUCAGUAAACAAACGUUUAGUAAAUUCAUUACAACGUUAAUUUAAACAUUUGCACACAAAUCUUAAGUAAAAGGUUGGGCAAACUUUGUUUAGGGUCCAGAAAAAAUCUCCCACGAACCACAUGCUGGCAGACAACAGGAUUUUUAACAAUUAGAUUUCCUACUCAUUGUGUAUCUAAUGCGCUGGUACAUCUUCAGAUGGCGAGAAAAUCAUACAAUGUGUUGAUUUAAAAAAAAAAAGAUCUAGUAGAAAGAUAGAAAUUAAAGUGAUAAUCUGAGAUUAAAUUGUACUGACGCCAGAAAUCGUGUGCUCAUCCUCCUUGUUGUAGUGACUCUAUCUGUGUAAUGAGGAUGGAGAAUGGGUCAUCGCAGACGCUCUGAAAGAUGGAUGAGUGAAUAUUUUAUAAUCAUGUUUACGUGGAUAUGUGUAAUUAGGUUUAUUAUGUUCGAUGGAAAUUUAUCUGAUGCUGAAAAGGAGGAAGUGGAUUUAAUCUGAUCAAAAGUGAUCUGGAAUCUUUCACAAUUAGUAAUAUAGUGAUAGUUCGACAUUACAUGUUCUAUUAGUCCUACAAGAAGGUAAUUCACAGUGUCACAGCAAGGAAAUAAAUAUUAAAUGUCAGAAUUUAACUGAUGAUUAUUUAUUUAUUUCUAUUUUUUUGCACGUGGCUGUAUUGGUACAUGAGUAAACAAUGAUGUUAAGUCCUGA